AUGACUUUGGCUGUUGAUCUUUUGAACCCUUCUGUUGAGCACGAGAAGCGUGCCCACAAGCUUAAGCGUUUGGUUCAAUCGCCAAACUCCUACUUCAUGGAUGUCAAGUGCCCUGGAUGUCUUAACAUCAGCACUGUGUUCUCCCACGCCCAGACUGUUGUCCUUUGCUCCUCAUGCGGAACUGUCUUGUGCCAGCCUACUGGUGGUAAAGCCCGCUUGACCGAAGGUUCUUCUUUCCGCAGAAAGGCCAAUUAA